CGCUCGGCGCGCGCACCCACAGCCGGCACGCUCGCCGCCCCGCGGGAAGGAAGUCCCGCGGGUCGACCCGGUGUCCUCCCGCUGCGGAGUCUGCGGGCAGCCUCCCGCCCCGCUCGGCCCGCCGGCGCCCGCGGUCGCUGCCGCCCGGGCCGCCCGCAGCGCGCAUCGGGGCCGCGGGGCUCCCGAGCCCGAUCCGGAGGUGCGGGCGCGCCAAUUGCAGGGGGUGGCUCCGAGGCUGGCCCCCCUUCGGGGAGCGGCGAGGCGACCCAGGCGAGAUGUGAAAGUAAAGAAAAGACUUAAUAACAAAGAUGCUUUGGAGCCAGAAUACUUCCUGGAUUAGACCACGUAAUUUGUAUCCCAUGGUGUAUGUCAGCCUCAUGGUUGGUGUGGUAUCUGCGUGGCCUGAUUCGUCUGAUGAAUCUUGCACUUUAAAGGUGACAUUUCCCAAUUUCCGGCUAAUCUUAUCAUGGGAAUUAAAAAACCAUUCGAUUGCACCGACUCACUAUACGUUGUGGUAUACCAUCAUGAGUAAACCAGAUGAUAUGAAGAUUGUUGAGCACUGUUCAAAUAUCACAGCGUCAUUUUGUGACCUCACUGAUGAAUGGGAAGUCCUGUCUGAGACAUACAUCCCCAAAGUUGAUGGAUUCAGAGGAAACAAAAUGGUGGUCAGCUGUAUCAGUGAUUUCUUCCUGGGAGCACAUGUGUCUUUGGAAACGCCGGAGUUUGAUAUUGUUGGCUUUACGGACCACAUCAAUGUCAUAGUGAAAUUUCCACCCGUCAUUCCCAAGAUACUCGAUGGGGAAAUCUUACAGUUUUACCUACCUCUCGUCAUCGAAGAACAGUCAGGGAAGAUUGUGAAGAAGCACUACCCCAAGCUAAAUGGAAACAUCAGUGGAAAUUUCACUUACGUCAUCGACAAGUUAAUUCCAAAUACAAACUACUGUGUAUCUGUUUAUUUUAAGUCUAGAGAUAUGGGAGGAAUAAAUAGAUCUCCAGUAAAAUGUACCUUCCUUCAACCUGGACGGGAUACAGAGCCAUCAGAAUCUGCCAAAAUAGGAGGAAUCAUUACGAUGUUUUUAAUAGCAGCUGUCUUCAUAAGUGCCAUAAUAAUACUGAAACGGGUUGGUUAUAUAUGCUUAAGAAAUGAGUUCCCCAAAGUUUUGAAUUUUCAUAACCUGUCAGCCUGGGAAUUUCUCCAGAAGCCACCCUUGGAAACAGUGGCUUUCGUGGAGGUGAUUCACAUUAACAGGAAGAAGAAAGUGUGGGAUUAUAAUUACGACGAUGAGAGCGACAGCAAUGACGAAGCGGCCCGUCCAGCAAGCGGAGGUGGUUAUACUAUGCAUGGACUGACAGGCAGGCUUCUGGGUCUGGCCUCCGCCUCCUCGGCCACCUUGGAAGACAGCACCAAGUCGGACGCCGAGGACCCUGAUCAGUCCGAACCUGAGGCUGACACCACCGAGCCCCUGAUGGCAGCUGUGCCCAGCCCCGGGUGGCCGGAAUGCUGCUCAAGGGGGCCCUACGAGGGAGGAGGGAGGCUGCUGCAGGACCCCUUCACCGAGGAUGACAGCAGCCCCACCGAGGAGCCUGGGGACAAAAUUACCUUCAACGUAAAUUUAAACUCUGUGUUUGUGAGGGUCCUCGAUGAAGACUCAGAAGUCCCCCCGACGUUACCUCCUUUACUAGAAGAGACCGCCAACCUAGAGGAUUCAGGUGAAACGGAAGUAAGCUUUCUGGCGGCCAGUGGGGAAGGGACACAGCCACCCUUCGCCAGCCCCUCUGCAGAGUGCCCGUGGCCUGAAGAUGCCCUUUCUAACGAAAGUGACGGUUCCGAGUCAGAUGCGGACAUCGGGGAUGGUUAUAUAAUGAGAUGAACCCAAGAAUAGUUCAUUAACGUGGACUGAGGAUGAGUACUUCCAGAGUUCUCCCUCCGUGUACCAUCCUCGGCCCCUUCUGGGCCAGCCCAGCCAGCUCUCUUAGAGGGAAGGUGCUGGAGACUGCAGUCGGCUUGGUGAUCCCUGGUGACGUCAUCCAUGCGGAUUCCCAGGAUGGCCACAUGGGACCCUCCUGUCCUCUGCAGUGUAUUGUUUACAUGUCCCAAGUGAUGCACUUUGAAGGGAAAGAGCCCUGUCCGUUCCCUUCACCCUCCACAUUUAUAAUGUUUCUGCAUCCCGUCUCCCAGAGUAAGGAGCAGGGUCCCCUGCGGCUUUCCUGGGUGGUCCAGGACCCUGCAAGUUAAUGGCAUUAGCCAGGGUGGGAGCGGAGAGUGUAAAGGAAGACACUCAGCAAGGUUCAUAGCAGCAACAGUCAGCAAUGGUGAGUCCAGCAGGCUUAAGGAAGGGGCCGGCAGGAAGGGAAGGCCCCCAGAAGGAAAGAAAGGGGACCCACAAAGAAACAAGCACAGGUUCCAAGUCGGAAGUGGGGAAGGUAGAGCCUAGUCUUGGGCUCCUCCUUGAUGUCGAAUCCUGUCACCUACACUCAGAGAAUUCAACUUGGCUGCUUGUCCAGCCCUCCUCAGUUUGAAUGAGGAAGACAAAUUCGGACACAGAAAUAAGUCUAUUGUCAGGCAGAUGACUAAUCGGAAUCCUUUGCAUGAGGGAGAGGGAUAGAAUCUCAGUGCCAAAUUUUAAGGUUAAAGAAAAAAAAAGCGAGAGAACAAAUGCAAAAUUGUUACAAGGUCCUCAGAGGAAAUAAGGUAGAAAAUCCCUGGAGGUCUUAAUUAUCAAUUUAAGAAGAGCUGCGUGUGCUGAUUCCAGCUGUCCUAUGUGUGACCACAAUUCCUGUGGAUGGGGGCGCUGGGGAGGAGGGGCAGGGGAAGGGGAGUUCUAGAAUGUCAUGUAGCAAACAGUACAAGAACUAGGACUCAGGGGCGCCUGGGUGGCUCAGUUGGUUAAGUGUCCGACUUCGGCUCAGGUCAUGACGUCACGGUUCGUGGGU